ACUGUUGGCUGCAGUCUUUGUCCCAGCAUCCAGCAGACUGAGAGCAUGCUAACGGAGCUCCGCUAAUGUUUGGUCGCUGUGAUCGAUAAUCGAUAAGUCCCGCAACGUAAUGAUAUGAGGAUUUGUAGAUAGAGCGUGCAGAAGGUUUAGCAUGCGAUUUUGUAUUUAAAGCGUCAUUCCUGUGCAGUGGUUGAAGAGCAGGAAGAAUAGGAAAACAUGCAUGUUAGCAUUAGCAGCCUUGCUAAUGAAAAGCCUCGGUUAGCUAAUAGCACACAGCGCUGCUCAAUGUGGAGUAGCUAGUAGCUAGCAUACCAUUUGCAAAUGUUGUCUAGUGGCAGAUUCUCAUAGAAAUGCCUGCAUUCUUUUAAUGUAUUCCUUUAUAUGUGUAUUUAGGAACUGAUUGUAAAGGAGACAGUGUUAGUGCACUGAGGUUAGCUAGCUUUAAACCAAAACAGCAGCUUAUCCUCCCAUCAUUUCACCAAAUCCUGCUUUACCAUCAGAAAUGUGCUGGUUUAUUGGUAUCCCCUGUCACACAAGCUAUUAUUGUUACUGAUGCAGUUCAAGCUUAUGCCAUUAGUGUCAUAAAUAGCCUGUAUUUCUAGAAAGAAAUGGUGUCUCUGAGCAGAGGUUUGACAGCAGCAUCAGGAAUCAAUUCUGUCGCCAUCUUGGAAAGCAGUUGAACAGCUUUGUUCCAAUAAUGGGCCUUAAUCGAUUAAUUCCUGAUCAGUUGAGAUUAACCAUCAUAAAUAUUGCAGCCUGUGUCACAUAUAGUUUAAUUUAAAACCAUUUGCGCAUAUCUAAUGCAAGCUGUGGAUAGCUGUUGCAAGAGAGAAGAUUAUUGUAUAUUACACUGUUAGUGCUGUGUUGGAGGCUUGUUAAUUAUACAUGUUUGCAAGUUUAAUUGUCUACUGAAAUGAUUUGCAGUGACAGAGGAACAAAUGAGUGCAUGUGUUGUGAAAGUUAUUGUGAUAGAUCUGUAGAGAAAUACCACUAAUCUCUGGUUACCUCUUUUUGUUUUUUUCAGUCCAUUGUUUUGGUUUUAUGAGCCUUAAAUUUACAUCAGCAGCAGUGGGUUCAGGGGGGAAAAUGCUGACACACCUUUAUUAAAAUAACGGUUAACAACAAUUAGACAGUACCUUUAAUUAGUUGUUGGUGGGUGUAGUGGAGAAUUUGGAAUGCUACAAAGUAUGGAACUGGAGACCAAAACAAUGUUUGUCAAUGAGGGACAACGUUGGACUGUCUCUUAUCAAAUGUUCAGAAAUAAGAGUCCAGAUAUAUAGUAAUACAAGACAAGUAGUCAGAGGGCGCAGUGCUCCGGCAAGACUGUUCGUUCCCUGACCUUGCACUGAACACAGGCCUGUUAUGCAUGUGUACUUUAUGCACGAAUACCAAAUCACCUGACCUCAAUAUUUAGUGAGUGGCAGGAAUUGAUGGGACUUGGAAACACCCCUACAAUUUUAUCAAUUGUUCCUUGUAUCAAUUCCAGUAAGUCUACAGCAGUGGAUUUGUAAUAGAAUUGCAAUCAUGUGAUGUCAGCAGUAGUAGUGUUCACUUGUUGUCAUAGUUACAGUGACACUGUGCUGCUGUCUCAGUGGGAAAUCCUUAACAAAUCUGUGGAUCCAGACUAUAAGCCACAUUACUGCCAAAUGUAAUCACUUGGUCCUUGUGUCAUUUCUGACCUUUCCUGAAAAUUUCGUUCUAUUCCAUUGUUCUUUUUUUGAGUAAUGUUGCUAUCAGACGGAUUCACGUAUGCCACACAACUCAGCUGCGUUCCUUGGCCGAGUAAUAAACAAGUAAAUAAAAGAACUGCCUUGCGCCGAGUACAGACGUGUGUUAUGCAUCUGUAAGUUAUGUACGGAUGCCAAACUGUUUGACCGAAAUAUGUAGGGCCGCCUGAAUUGAUGCGACAGCUGAGCAUUCACUUGUUGUCAUAGUUACAGUGACGUCAUGCUGGCCGCUAUUUCUGCUAUUGGGGAAUCCUUAACAAAUCCGUGGAUCCAGAUUAUAAGCCACAUCACUGCCAAAAUCUAAUGAGGUGGUCCUGUAAUUUCUGACCUUCCCUGAAAAUUUCACCCAAAUCUGUUUGUCCGUUUCUGAUUCAUGUUGUGCACAAACUGAAGGAAAGAAGGAAGGAUCCACGUAUGAUCGUCACAUAACCCUGCUGCCUUUGUGGAGUGAAUAUUAUGUUUGCUGGGCUAUAGCUGUUUGCUAGCAUGUUGGACAGAAUGUCUUGAUUAGUAUUUAAUGGGUUUGGUUUUUGUUUGUUUAUUUUUUCCUUCUUAUUUUGUCUAAUCAGUAUCUGGUGUUGUUUUUAUUGUUCCUUUGUUGGGAAAUUAUCAAAUAUACUGAUACAACUCUACACACUUGUCGUUUCAUGUUAGUAGUUUCUUUAUGAUGGAUUUUAGAAGCAGUCUUCUUGAUUCUAUUAUUUUGUUCAACUGAAUUCUCAGAGCAUAAGUGAGCCUUUCUGUGUCGUGUAGCUGAACACUGUCCUGUCAAACUGUAUUUCCGCUAAUGCUGUAACAUGAUAUUGGCUUCUGCUGCCUGGCAGACGACACUGUCUGGUUCAUUUUUGGGGUAAAUGGAUCAGGAAGCAGUUUCUUCUUAAGAAUAUAUGUCCUCUGUUGCUGAAAGAUGUAUAGCACAAGACAACAGAUAAGUCUAACAGGUUAAACAUGGAUUGCUUUUUGUGGAUAUUUAACAUUCGCAUUAAUUCCCCUAAAUGUAAGUAUUCACCUGAUCUCAAAUAGAACGUCUGCUGCCUGGGACAAAAACUGUAGCUGUGGUGCUGCACAUCCAGUGCUAUUAGCCUUCAUAUUAUGGAGGACCAGAAUAUUGGUGUGAAGUGAAAGUAUGGGUAGCAGCUUGUGAAACAAAAUAUUUUACAUGGUUAAGGCUUCUCCCUUUUAAAAUGCUCCAAACAGAAAGACACUUUCAGACUUCAUAUAUCUGUGCCAGGCUUAGUUUAUUACUGUAGAAAUGGAUGCUGCGGACUAGCUGUUUGCCAAGUGCAGAUUUUACUGUAAGCAGGUUGUUGUUAUUUCAGUGCAGACAGAAAAUGCAUCCUCCAAUUUCACACCUUAAUCUAAUUUCUGCCAGUAACCUGACCUCUGUGUCUAUGUUCACCAUGUCUGAACUUUUCAUGGAGUGCGUGGAGGAGGAGCUGGAGCCUUGGCAGAAACAAGCUCCUGAAGUUCAUUUGAUAGAUGAUGAUGACGAUGAGCCCAUCUUUGUUGGAGUGCUCUCUAAUAACCAAAAGGAUGCAAAGCCCAAUCCUCCACCUCCUCAGAGGAACGCUGUGGCGAAAACAGAAACCAAGCGCCCCGCUGUGCAGCCUGCUGUGGGCCCCUCACCAAUAGUGCUGCCACUGAGUAUACCUGGAAAUGCAGUGAACGCUGCCCCACCCACUCUGACCACCGUCACUCCACAGCCUGUUAUUGUUAAUAACCAGGGCUUUAUUGUCACUUCUCCACAACUGGCAAACAACAAUGAGUUUAUUGCCUCUCUUGGGACCCAGUAUCCCCCCGGGACAUCGUUUACCAUCGUACCAGCUGGCCAGCAGUCGUUAUUUCAGCAGGUCUCUCCGGCCACAGUCAUCCCUGGUGCUGUCCACAGGCCUCAGGUGCAACAAAUCAGCAACAACGUUGUGACUCUGACUAAUGUCCAGAGUCCUGCUGUGUAUUCAGCACAGCCUGGUCAGCUGCAGCCCAACCGACCCAUCCCUCAAGCUCUCCAGACGUUUUCGCUGCCUGUAAAGGACAACAGCAAUAACAGAGAUCAGAGUUUAGUCAAACGAGGACUGACCCCACAGGAAAUGGACAGCGCAGCAAAAAGAUCCAAACUAGACUUGGUUGCACCAGCAAAAGUCAUUGUCAGAGUGGAGAAUGGCAUCAUAAAGAAAAAAUGUCCAAACUGUCAAGAAGAAAUAAUUUCAGAGGAGGCCAUGAAAUAUCAUCUGAUGAGCUGCAGUGCAAAUGUAGGAAGUACAUCUCCAUCAGCCCAAAACAUUAAUGCAAACAAGCGCAUCAUGCUGGUCUCAGAUUUCUACUACGGCCGCUUUGAGGGAGACACGCACAGGAAAGAGGCACCGAAGACCAACACCACAUUCAAAUGUCAAAGCUGCUUAAAAGUUCUGAAGAACAAUAUCAGGUUCAUGAACCAUAUGAAACACCACCUGGAGCUGGAAAAGCAGAACAGUGAGAGCUGGGAAAGCCACACAACCUGCCAGCACUGCUACCGGCAGUACAUGACUCCAUUCCAGCUGCAGUGCCACAUCGAGAGCGCUCACAGCCCCAUUGAAUCCUCAACCAAUUGCAAGAUUUGUGAGCUGGCGUUUGAGUCAGAGCAGGUGCUCCUGGAACACAUGAAGGGGAACCACAAACCCGGGGAAAUGCCUUACGUCUGCCAGGUGUGCACUUACAGGUCGUCUUUCUUCUCAGAUGUGGAGACACAUUUCCGCAGUGUCCAUGAAAACACAAAAGACCUGCUCUGUCCGUUCUGUCUCAAAGUGCUCAGAACAAGUCACAUAUACAUGCAGCACUACAUGAAACAUCAGAAAAAAGGGAUCCACCGCUGUGGAAAAUGCAGACUGAAUUUCCUCACCUACAAGGAAAAAGUGGAGCACAGGACUCAUGUCCACAAGACUUUUAGAAAACCCAAAGCCUUGGAGGGUCUUCCUCCGGGUACAAAGGUGACCAUCCGAGCCUCCCUCACGGGGAAGACACCUGCAUUGCCAGCCUCCCCUGAUCGAUCAGGCUUUAUUGUCACUCCAGAAACAGCAAAUUUCAAUGAUUUCAAAUCCAAACCUCUAGUCGGUGUGUCCAAGUCUAAAUCAACCGUCUCCGGAGUGGGAAAAGCCAAAACGACUCAGAGCAAGAAGCAAGAAGGGCGAACUUCCAAGCACAACCUGUCACUGAGGAACCUCAGCAUCAGUGGAGGAUGUUUCACCUGCAUCGAGUGCAACACACAAGUGGACCACUUCUUCUCUCAUUUCCCAAUGGUUUCAAAUUGUGGUGCAUGUAAAUACCGAACGAGCUGCAAAGUUGCCAUUGGGAAUCAUAUGAUCCGAUUUCAUAGCACCAUCACCAAAAACAGAUUUUUGAAAAUGGAUCACAAGAAAAAUUCAUCGGCAUUAAAACUGACCCUCGUCUGCCUCAACUGUGAUCUCCUGGUGGAUGCAUCAGGCGGUGACCUGAUGACCAAACAUUUAAGUGAUCGACCAAAUCACACAUGCAAAGUCAUUCAGGAGAAAGCAGAUAUCAAAGCCAAAGAUCGAGUGCAUCUCCUCAUGCGGCAGCCAUCAAAAGUCCAAGUGUACUUCCUGACAUCGACAUCUGGCCAAAGUCCAAAGGAAACGAACUUGAAACAAGCUGGAAGUGUCACAUCUGGAAGUCUAUCUGCUGAGCAGCCAGCAUCAGAGCCGAUCUUAGUAGCAGGCGAUGAAGAAAAAGGUCCUACAGAAACAAGUGCCACUGAAGUUUCCUCUAAAGGAGACGUACAGCAGCUGCAGCCUGAUUCAUCGUCUUCCUGCGCAUCAGAGAGCAUUGUGGGUAUCUGUGAUGAGUCGGUGGGAACCUCAGAGACCCCAGAUGUUGGAGAUCAGCUUUCCACCUCUGUGACUCCGACCGAGGAACAACAACCUACACAAGAUUGAACCUGUACAUCAGCUAAACAUCGCACACGAAAAAUAAGACGGAAAUGUAUACAACUAAAAAAAAAAGUUUUUACAAGUAUCAAACCAAUGGCGUUGCUUUGGCUGUUAAUAAUCCCCUUCAGAUUCAUGUGUUCUGAUGGAUUAACAACUGGAUAGAAUAUUUUAUCACAGGUUUUUGUUUACUCUGUGAAAGUUACAUUGCCUCACUAUAUGUCAAAAAAAAACUGAAUAUUUAUGAAUACAAAAAAGUCCACGAAAGUCUUCUUUCUUUCCCUUUACACUUUAUGGAUAAAUACUGUGCAGUUGCUGAAUUAUUCUGUACCUUGACUGACUCCAGACUGUCUGUUUUAAAAAAAAAAAAAACUUUGGCUCAUUUCACAUUUCUUUAAAGAUUCAAAUGUUCAUAUGAAGUCUAGUUAACGCCUAAAGUGGGGGACAAUGUCCUUUAGAAGUGUAUUGAUUGGCUGCACUCUCAAUAUCUGAUGCCUGUCAGGUGAUUUUAUUUUAAUCAUGUUUUUUUCUAAAUUUGCUUAAACGCACAUAAAUUUGGCUGCGACCUUGACUGUUUUACGCCACCACAUUUUCCACAAGUCAUGCAGAGUGGCAAAGAAUGUACAUGCUCCAACUAUGCAUGUGGUCCCCCUAAAACUAUAUCAAAAUAAAGUAAUUUUAUCUUUAAUUGUUUAAGCAGAUUGGGCGCCAUUUUCACCAGUGAACAUUUUUUUGCACUGUUAUUUUUUUUUAUUCAAGCUGUACUAGAUAGUUUGGGCUUUUAGAUGAGCAACGUUUUUUUUUCCUUUCUUUCAUUUGUGGUUUGCUGUUGUUGUAUAAUAUGUACUUUUUUUAUAGGAUCUCUAAGCUGCUCCUUUUUCUAUUAAUCUGGUGGUGUUGUACCAAAAACAAAAACACAUGUCAUCACUGAAAUGUUUACAUGGUUUACAGACGAUUCCUGAUUGUGACAGAAAAAAAAUCGAUGUAGCACCUUUAUCUUCAUUUCCUGCUGGUUUUGAACAUCUCAGAAUAGAAUCAUCUUAACACUCAAACACCUGCUUUAAAUCAGAAGAAAUACAGUAGUACAUGUGUAGAAAAUACUGGCAUCAAAUUUUAUUCUCAAAGGAAUGUCAUCUUUGUGAAAUGUGUGGCUUAGAGGGGGAGCACGGUGAGCCAAUGUAGAUUUUGUUGUUCAGCUGUGUUGGCUUGUGAGACUGUUGUGUACCUUAGGUUGCGUAGGUACUUGGUAUGAUACUUCGGUUUGAUUAAAUCCAUUGACCAACUCUCAUGCCCCAAAUGUUGGUUGAUUAAGUUGCCUUUUAUUUUUCAUUUACUGAAAAAAAGAAAAAUUCCCUGUAGCUGUGGGAGUAUUUUAUACUUUGCCAUUUGUUUCAUUUUGUGUGGCUUAAUACGUGAAAAGUAAGUGGUCAUUUUGUAGGUUUUUAAAGAGGGUUUUCACUUGUACAUACAUUAGAGCUGUAGGGCAAGUCUGCAAAUGUAUAUACAUCUAUGAUGGCACUAUUAAUGUAACCCACCGAAUCUGUUUUUGAAUGCAUUCCAUGGAGAUCUACAAACUGGGUCUAGAACAGCAUUUUCCUGUUGUUGGUUAUGUAAAUAAAUCUUUAAUACAAGA